AUGAUCAUUGCAUCUGUCUGCUCCAUUGCCAACGGCGCCGCUCUACCCCUCAUGACUCUGCUAUUUGGUGGCCUCCAAAAGACGUUUUCCGAGUUCACAGUAGGCCAGAUCGACAAAGGCGAACUCAGCUCUCAGCUUUCCAAAUAUGUACUCUAUUUUGUGUAUCUCGCCAUCGGCCAAUUUGUCGUCACUUAUAUCGCCACGGUGGGAUAUAUCUACGUGGGCGAGAACAUUUCUACUAGAAUCCGAGAGCAUUAUCUUGAAAGCUGUCUGCGUCAAAACAUUGGCUUCUUCGACAAAAUCGGCACUGGAGAAAUUGUGACUCGUAUUACCUCCGACACUAACACUAUACAAGAUGGAAUCUCUGAAAAGGUGUCAAUCACGAUAGGAGCUAUUUCGACCUUUGUGACCGCCUUUGUUAUUGCCUUUGCCAACUAUUGGAAACUUACGUUGAUUCUUGCGAGCGUCAUCAUUGCUAUCCUUCUCAAUGGAGCCAUGUUUUCUAGCUACAUGCUUAAGAACGGCGCACAGUCCAUCACAUCUGCUGCCCUUGGUGGUGGUCUGGCGGACGAAGUCCUCAGCUCCGUGCGGACUGCCGUCGCUUUUGGAGCCCAAGACCGAUUGUCCAAACAGUAUGAUGAACACCUGAAGAAGGCCGAGUAUUUUGGCUUCAGGCUUAGAUCCGCCGUUGGAGUCAUGCUGGGCGGUAUCAUGUUUCUGCUUUACAUGAGUUAUGCUCUGGCUUUCUGGCAAGGCAGUGCUUUUGUCUUACGUGGCGAGCUCUCUCUCAAUCAAGCUCUGAUUGUCAUGAUGACUGUCAUAAUGGGUGCUUUCAACAUGACUAGCAUCGCACCCAACUUCCAAGCUUUUAUCUCUGCUGUUAGCGCUGCAUCCAAAAUUUUCGAUACUAUUGACCGUGUUUCACCAAUUAACUCAGCAAGUGAAGAGGGCGAGACUAUUGACGAGGUUCAGGGUAACAUUCGACUAGAGAAUGUCAAACACAUAUACCCUUCACGUCCUGGCGCUGUUGUAAUGGAGGAUGUCACCCUUAACAUUCCCGCAGGAAAGACGACCGCCUUGGUUGGAGCGUCUGGAUCCGGCAAGAGCACCAUCGUCGGCCUUAUUGAGCGAUUCUACAAUCCCGUGGGAGGCACAUUGUAUCUUGAUGGACACGACAUCUCUAAACUGAACCUUCGUUGGCUUCGUCGCCAGAUUUCGUUGGUUAGCCAAGAGCCUACGCUGUUCGGAACGUCGAUUUUCGAGAAUAUUCGCUACGGCCUAGUUGGGACUGAGUUUGAAAAAGAAAGCGAGGAGAGACAGCGUGAGCUGGUCAUUGCUGCCGCGAAGAAGUCCAAUGCGCAUGAUUUCGUUUCUGCUCUCUCGGAGGGCUAUGAAACUAAUGUCGGCGACCGUGGCUUCCUUCUCUCGGGUGGACAGAAGCAACGUAUUGCUAUUGCACGCGCCAUCGUUAGCGACCCGAAAAUUCUCCUUCUUGAUGAGGCAACAUCAGCCUUGGAUACGAAAUCCGAGGGCAUCGUGCAGGCUGCGCUGGAGGCUGCUUCGGCUGGUCGAACUACCAUCAUCAUUGCUCAUAGGCUCUCAACUAUCAAGGAUGCCCAUAACAUUGUUGUCAUGUCUCAAGGCCGAAUUAUAGAGCAGGGAACCCACGAAGAGCUGGUAGAGAAAGGGGCCGCUUACCACAAGUUGGUAACUGCUCAGGAUAUCACCGCGACCCAAGGCCUUACCAGCGAAGAACAGGAACUUAUCGAUGAGCACCAGGAGGCGCUGAUCAAGAGGCAAUCAAAGAUCGAAGACAGUGAAAUAUUUAGUGCCGAGGGUGGUAGUGAGAACAAUCUCGUGCGGUCGCCGACGCAAAAGUCUGCCUCAAGCAUUGCGCUGCGAGCUCGCAUUGCAGAUAAAGAGGCUAAAUAUAGUACCUGGGCUCUGAUUGCGUUCAUUGCCAAGUUUAACCGCAAUGAAUGGAAGCGCAUGUCGGCCGGUCUCUUCUUUUCUAUUCUCUGCGGUGGUGCCAGUCCCAUCUCUGCUGUUUUCUUUUCCAAAGAGAUUGUCACAUUGACAAAUGCUCUUCUCCCGAAUGCCAAUAUUGAUCAUAUUCGGCAUGAUGCGUACUUCUGGGCCGUCAUGUUCAUCGUAUUGGCUGUUGGCAUACUCAUCAGCUACUCUGGCCAAGGAAUUGCGUUUGCGUCAUGCUCUGAGCAUCUUAUCCAUCGCAUUAGGGACCAAUCUUUUAGGACCUUUCUUCGGCAGGAUAUCUCCUUCUUUGAUAGAAAGGAGAACUCAGCAGGUAUCUUGACGGCAUUCUUAUCAACUGAAGCCAACAAUAUUGGAGGUCUUAGUGGUUCUGCUUUGGGAACCAUCCUGCUGACGCUAUCUACUCUUUUCUCCUCGAUGAUAAUGGGGUUAGCUCUUGGAUGGAAGCUAGCACUUGUCUGUACGGCAACCAUACCAGUCUUGUUGGCCUGUGGCUUCUUCCGCUUUUACUUGCUACUUAGGUUCCAGAGCAGGGCAAAAGAUGCAUACGCGGCGUCUGCCGCAUAUGCCUCCGAGGCCAUCUCGUCUAUUCGCACCGUUGCGUCACUUACUCGCGAGCAAGAUAUUAUACACAUGUAUUGUGAAGACAUUGCGUCUCAAAGACGCAAAGGUUUGAAGUCAGUGCUAUCAUCAAGCGCCCUCUAUGGAGCCGCUCAAGGUGCAUCAUUUCUCUGCUUUGGACUUGGAUUCUGGUAUGGCGGUACUUUGCUCGCCACCAGAGAGUAUGACUUAUUCACCUUCUUCGUCUGCUUCAUGGGCAUCAUCUACAGUGCGCAGGCGGCAGGAAGUAUCUUUUCGCUUGCGCCUGAUAUGGGCAAAGCCCAUGCCUCAGCCCUGGCGUUAAAGAAGCUCUUUGAACGGACACCAAAGAUUGAUGCCUGGUCAAAGGACGGCCAGCGCAUAGCAGAGGGCAAUAUACAUGGCACAGUGGAAUUCCGUGAUGUCCACUUUCGUUAUCCGACCCGGCCAGAUCAACCUGUCCUCCGAGGUCUUAACCUGACGAUUAAGCCUGGCCAGUACGUCGCCUUGGUUGGCGCUUCUGGAUGUGGCAAGAGCACAACUAUUUCACUGCUAGAGCGAUUCUACGACCCCUUGUCUGGUGGUGUCUUUGUUGAUGGCCAGGAUAUUAGCAGCCUGAAUGUUAGCAACUAUCGAUCCUUCGUUUCGCUUGUGAGCCAAGAGCCGGCACUCUACUCGGGCACAAUCAAAGAAAACAUUCUUAUUGGCACGCCUGAGGAGGAUAUCUCAGAGGAGCGACUGGAAUACGUCUGCCGUGAGGCUAACAUCUAUGACUUUAUCAUUUCACUCCCCGAUGGUUUCAACACGUUUGUUGGCAGCAAGGGCGGCUUGCUCUCUGGCGGCCAGAAGCAGCGUAUUGCUAUUGCCCGGGCCUUGAUUCGCAACCCUAAGAUCCUGCUCCUGGAUGAAGCCACGUCUGCCCUUGACUCCGAAUCUGAAUCUGUUGUCCAAGAGGCUCUGGAUAAGGCUGCUGAUGGGCGCACUACGAUUGCGGUUGCGCACCGUCUGAGCACGAUUCAGAAAGCAGACGUUAUUUAUGUGAUUGACCAAGGCCGUGUUGCUGAGUCUGGAACCCACCAGGAACUGAUGAGGAAGAAUGGGCACUACGCUGAGCUGGUCAAUCUGCAAAGCUUAGGAACGAGCUCGUAA